AUGAAAACUAACCAUACCCUAACGAGCGACAAUUCGCCGCUAGUAAAAUCGUUAGAAAAAGAAAAUGCGAAACGGAGGAGAAAUAGUGAAAACCGGAUUAAAUCCCUAUUUGUAGUCCAAAAGGACAAUAGUCAAGCUUGCCUCCUCGCGACUAUUAAUAACCCAUUUAAGGAACUAAAUAAACAACAAAAAUCAGCCCAGGAGCUAGUGCUAGCGGGCAAGAGUAUUUUUCUGACCGGAGCAGCUGGCACCGGCAAGAGUUUUUUACUAAAGCACUUAAUCAGGCUCUUACAAGAAAAAUACAGCGGAGAGCAAAUCGGAAUUACUUCCACGACUGGCACGGGAGCCAUUAUCAUUGGGGGAAACACUAUUCAUUCCUAUUUAGGAAUUGGCGUAAUUGGACACUUACCAGCCAAGAUUUCCAUGUUAGAGGGGGAACUAUUUACUAAAUUAGAAACUUUAGCCGGAAUUAUCAGAAAAAAUCCAGAGCCUUUUGGUGGUAUCCAGUUAAUUUUAGAAGUGGGCAAUUUAAACACCAAAGAACUAGCACAAUUGCCCGGAUCUGCUUAUUUUUUUGCCGCGAAAGACGAAGAAAAAUUUCCUGGCCAGUCAAUAGAAUUAGCCCGAAGUUGUUUAGCUGUGGAGAAUCAAGGAGUAGUAAUGGAUUUUGUAAGUGAAGCACAAGCCUUUUAUCCGGUGGUGAAGUUCACGGAUGGUCAGAGAUUAGUGGUUAAAGAACACGUCUGGGAGAAAAUUACGAGUUAUGAUACCAAAAACAAACCCAUCGUUUCGGCCCGGAGAACUCAAAUUCCAUUAAUUUUAGCUUGA